AUGCCCAAGAGACACUACCGGGCCUGGUCUCCCGGCGAGGAACGUGACUACCCAUCAUGGGUAUCUCGUCAUCUCCAUUUAACAUGGCCGGAGAGGGCAAGAUUAUAUUCCAUCGAACGCAAACCCAGAACGAGAGAGUCUUUGCGGACCAAACAUCGACUGCUGGAGAAGGACAUCCGACGGCACCGCCAUCCAAACUGCAAACCCCCAUCGCGGCUCAGGCGUCGCAUCCCCCAGAGAAAGGAUCAUAGCCAGCGGAAGGCUUGGCCCAGUCCUAUCUCGAUCAGCACCCCCACCCCUUCCGAGCAUCGUUCGGACGACCCGAGCGCGGUCGCGAUGCCGGGGAUAAGGAGACGUACCCCUACACGCGUGGCCAGUCACCAGAACCAGAAGCAGACCGCACCGUCGACCCGGGCUCUAAAAUUGACCUCCCAGUUCUUAGCCAAACGUGGGAACCACAUGUGUUUGGCGCGUGGGCUUGUUGAAGGCUGGGGUAAUUCCCCCGGAGCAGGAAACGGAAGUGAACGGAGAGCAUCCCCUCGGGCAUCAACUACAUCUGACAAGAUCGAUCGGCUGUGGCGGUCGGCAUACCGUGUCUCCGGUCGCACGAGGCAUUAG